UAACCUAUUAUUCAAGGCUGGCAUCGCUUUGCGAAUAUUUAUGCAACCGUGUGUUUUUAUUUACAAUCAUCUGUUUUGUGAAAUUCAUACAUAAUUUUAUUUCGUCGGUAUUUUAUUUAAAUAAAAUAAAUAAUACAAAUAACAGUAUUUAAACAUGUUGCGACUCUCGAACAUAUCUAACAACAGUUGGCGCCUCAUACAAUGUCGGCCGAUAUUGCAACAGUCAAAGCAAAAUGUCACAACAGAGCAUGGAAGCAAACAAAAUCCACAAUUCAAGACGAUGCUACGAAAGCGACCUACACAACUAACCGAUGAAAUCAUACGUGUGGAUCAUGCCGGCGAAUUGGGUGCCGAUCGUAUUUAUGCCGGCCAAAUGGCGGUUUUGGGCAAUGGGCCGAUGGGCAAAACUAUUGCGCACAUGUGGGAACAGGAGAAGGAACAUCGCAAAAAAUUCGAAAACCUCAUACAAGAGCACCGCGUGCGACCGACAGUAAUGGUGCCGAUUUGGAAUGUAGCUGGCUUUAUGUUGGGUGCGGGCACUGCAUUGCUGGGUGAGAAAGCGGCCAUGGCAUGCACCGUUGCGGUGGAAACAGUGAUCGUAGAACAUUACAAUGAACAAUUGCGUCAAAUUAUGGAUUCACCUAAACCGGAUAAGGAACUCUUGGAUACAAUAACCAAGUUUCGUGAUGAGGAACAAGAACAUCAUGACACGGGUAUUGAUUGUGGCGCCGAACAGGCACCCUUUUACAAAGCAAUGACUGAAGUUAUUAAAAUCGGCUGUAAAACAGCUAUUGCGAUUUCGAAGCGUAUUUAAAAUGUAUAAAACUAAUAUUUGUCAUUAACUAUUUGUAUAAAAACUUUUUUUUUAA